CCCCACCCCACCAUGUCUUCCUCGUCCAGUGCGUCUCUUCGUGCUCAGAUAUACCAUAACCUCUUCCGUAAAUGCUUGCUCAAGCGCACACCCGUUGAUGCAGUCCGUAUCUACCAAAUCUAUCCUACCAGAGCAUGUUUGGAUAGCUGAUCCCUAGCUGACCGCGAAUUUGUAGUUCGGGGAAUAUGUCUCCCAGCUGUUACUCAAAUCUCCGCUUCCAUCCUCCUCAAUAUGCCCCAUAAUACUUUCUCCGACUAUUUCGUCCAGAGUCGAUCCCCUGCAUCUGGAGUACAUCCAGCGUUUGCUUGAAAAAGACAUUGUCAGUCUUCCUGACGUUUUGGUUGCGCUGCUGCGUACGUCUUCCGCCAGGUCCGCAGUGCCAACAUCAUCUUCCUCGGGCCACGGUUCUACGGUUGGAGGCAUUGGGAUGAAUGCGAACCGGGAAGCUCUUGAAGAGGAUAUUUUCACAGUUCUGGUGACAGUGUUGAGGGAGUAUAAGCCAAGGUCAAACGACUUUGUAUGGGCUACUAUUCAAGCAUUGAGUGACUGGAUGGAGGCUGUUGUGGCUAUUAGUGGAGAAGGAAUGCUAGAUGAGCCCGGGGACGAUGUGGCGGGAUCUAUGGAUGUUGGGAAGGGACGGUUGGAAGCAUUGGUUGAACUUACUAUCGCUAUUGGAAAUAACGAGGACGUGAGAAGGAUACUAGUGGAAGGAGGGAGGAAGGAACGAAGAUUAAUGUUUCAAACCAGUUUGAGCUUGUUUAUGCAAUAUAUCCAAGUCCAAAAUCCGGCGCUGGCUGCCAGGAUGGAGGGCUUGAUUCGGCAUCAACAGAGUCAGCAGAGCCCGCAACAGAACAGAAAUUCUCGGAAUGCUAAGGGCGCUGAGACGAUUGACGGAAUGAUGGGGAUAGGUGAUGGCGCAGAUAAUGAUGGACCGGUGAUCUGUUCAAGGGGUGGGCUGUUCGUCUGGCUUAAUGGCUUGGUUAGUUUAAUUCCAAGUGACCGCAGUCUGGGCACCUCGGACUAGGGAGCUCGGGGAUUUCCAGUUGGCUAUAAUCAAGUGCUAAUGCUGUGUGUGUCAGUUGACUGGGCGGCCACAGGUUGAUGACGAAGCGGUGAUUGGGUACCUUUACAGCAGAUACAGGGUUAGUUUAGCCCCACAGAGUUCGUCUGAAUUCUGGUCGAUAUACUGAACCCAAAUGUGUUAGAAUGAUGUUAACAAUCUUCUUGUGGACUUCGUGACCGCUGUUCUCGAUGUAUUAUCUAAUGCCAUCCUUCGUGGUGAAGCGGCUAGCACGCUCUUUCUUCUUCGCUCUUUUCUCACAAACAAAGUCCCUGUCUUGUUGUCGCAUCUGUCGCCUUCUCCGAUGAUUGCGUCGUAUGCUCUUUCUCAGGCUCUUCUCAGGACGGAUACCUCUACCCUUGCCAACCCCCCGCCUUCCUCGUUCGAUCCUUAUUCUCACAACACGAGCACGAACCCGGAUAUGUUAUUCAAUACCCUGGUGGACUUGAGGCAGGAAUUUCUCUUUGCCUGUGCACUACACGGGGUUGUAGGGGAAGAAGAUAUCCAGGGUAUCAUAGGAGAGUUGCCACUUGGGGCAUUGCCUGUUGCCGGUAGGUACGACGUAGGGGAAUUAAUGAACCAGUGUGCAAUGGACCCGGAGAAAUUAGAAAGGCUACUUGAAGAAAUCGAGGGUGUGGAGGGAAACUCGGGAGCUGUUGUUAGAACUGUUGUAGAGGUGACUAUCUACCAUCAUGUCCGAAGAACCGCUUUUUAGUACAUACUGACCAAUGUUCUAGAUGAUGCGGAAUAUGUGUGAACAGAAAGAGACCAUGCCACUUAGGAGUAUAUGCAGCUUUCUGGCAAGGAAAACAAGCAGUUUGGAUGUAAUGCUGCUUUUUGUCAAGCCAGUAUGUCUCUUGGAACCAUUGUGUGAACUGUUGGAUACCUGGAGAUAUGAAGAAGACCAAGGUUCGUCCCAACACCCCAUUGUCGUUAGGGGUUUUUUUUGGGUACUGACAAGAGAAUUCAGGUGAAUAUCAACCAGUAUAUGAGGAGUUUGGAUAUAUCCUCCUUCUGGUUUUAACUUUGAUACACCGGUAUGAUAUACAGAUGGCCGACCUGACAUCAUCUAGUACUCCAAAUACCGAUUCUUUCAUCCCUCAACUUCUGUCCAAGGGAUCUACAAGCCAAAGGAUCGAGAACUUUGAGUCUUCAGAUAAACAUGCACAACUUGGAGGAUGGAUCCGGGAAAUUUUUGAAGGUGAAGGGAUAAGUGACGGUCUUAUGAGCUCUUGCAGACCCCAGGACUUUUACAAACUGGUACCAACAUUAUUCAUGCAGUCUGUGAUGGCUUGCGAAAGUGGAAUUUUGGAUAUAGAUACCCUAAAGGAGGGGUUCGCAUGUAUGUGUUCACCCACCAUCAUCCGAAUACCUUAAACAGAAGUUGACAAUUUUGUGCUAGUCCUCCUUGAGCCCUUUCUACUUCCCUCUCUAGUGGGUGGCCUCGGGUGGCUAGGAAAUCAUCUGUGGGAAUCUCAUGAGGAUAUUUCCGUUCCGGUCCAGAUUCUCCAUUCCCUUUUGGUGCCAUCGAGUAUCUCCCCGGACGCCUCAGAAGUUCACAAAACCGUGAUUUCGAUAUCCGCUAGACAACUUGAGCGUGUGCUCAGAGAGCUAGUUCGGCGUGGGACCGCAGGUAGCCACCAAAGUACUGUGGAGGCGCUCGUUGCAAACCUGCUACCAUACACCUCUUUUAAGCGUAACGGUGCAGCUACAAGGGAUGAACUUGAGAACUGGACUCACCAUGCUGGCGGUGGAGGUCUGAUGCAGUCACUGGGGCUUGCAUUCCAAAGCCUGGUGAAUUGGAGCACGAGCCAAGGGGAUAUCAAUAUUGUUCGGCCGAGCGCGACCUACACGCAUCGUCUGAUACUGGCUACUUGGAGGGUCUUAGGGGCAGGAAACACAGUGAGAGGGAUUGUCGGUGAGGUAGUCAAGUGCCGGAUCCAGGGCACGACCCCGGGAUACGCCGAGGAUGUUGCAAUGAGUAUGAUUCUGUCCAUGGGUUUCCCAACCGAGGAAGGGGGAACCGGGGGAGGGGGUGGAAAGAUGGGGCUUUUGGAGGCUUUAAGGGCCGAAGAGGCGGAAGAAAGUGGGAACGAAGGCGUUAAAGCUGAAGCGUUGCGAAGCAUAUUGAGGAAGGUCGAGACCCAAUUGACACCGUUCAGCCCUAUGCAUCAGAACGCUACUGUUGGUGGUGGAGUUGAUGCUACGGGGGGGCAGCAACCGGGUAUGGGUGUUGGUGGAGAUGGCGAAGGCGUAGAUCUUGAUCUUGCUAUGGGCGAUGAUGGAAUGGCUGGAUUAUUGGGCGAUGGGGGGCUCGGGGAGGGGGAUCUUAUGGGCAGCGGGCUAUUGGGCGAUGUUUCGGGAAUGGAGUUG